CGGCCGCCGGCAAGUAGCUCCGAGUCGCUGCUUCCUGGGCGCGCCGACGCGGACCCGGGCGUCGCGCUCUGCCCGUUCCGCGCCCGAGCCAUGCCCCGCAGCCACGCUUAAUCGCCUCGCCCGGGCCAAAGCCGACCCGACCCUGUGCACCGUUCCUCGCCCGAACCCAGCUUUCAGUGCACUUAACUCCCUCGGUUUUCGCCUGCCCCUCUCGACCAUGACCCGGGUGAGUGCGCUCGGGGCCCUUGUGCCACUGCUGCUGCCUCUCCUGCUACUGCUGCUGCCGCUGCCCCGCGACGCCGGGGGGCUCGGGGAGCGCUCAGAAGCCGCCUGGGACUACUCGGCGCUGGAAGGCGAGGAGGGCGCAGAGCAGCAGCUGGAGCAUUACCAUGACCCGUGCAAAGCCGCUGUCUUUUGGGGAGACAUUGCCUUAGAUGAAGAGGACCUGAAGUUAUUUCACGUCGAUAAGGCCCGUGACUGGAUCAGGCAGUCAGGGGAGGAAAUGGGACAUGGCACAGGUGGGCUUGGAGAGCAGCCUUCUGAGAGCUGGCCAAACGCUACAGCCAUGAAUACCAGCAGCCAGGAAGCUAGAGAGGAUGGCAAGGAGAAUGCCAUGCUUCCACAGAGCCCUGGGAACUUGCAUGCUGGAGCAGAGACCUUCUCUCCCCGGGUCCGAAGAGCCACAACCUCAAGGACAGAGAGGAUUUGGCCGGGAGGGGUCAUCCCCUACGUCAUCGGAGGGAACUUCACUGGAAGCCAGAGGGCCAUUUUUAAGCAGGCCAUGAGACACUGGGAGAAGCAUACCUGUGUGACCUUCGUGGAGAGGACGGAUGAAGAAAGCUUCAUUGUGUUCAGUUACAGAACCUGUGGCUGUUGUUCCUAUGUUGGGCGCCGCGGAGGAGGCCCGCAAGCCAUAUCUAUUGGGAAAAACUGUGACAAAUUUGGCAUUGUAGCACACGAGCUGGGCCAUGUGGUCGGGUUCUGGCAUGAACACACCCGGCCAGACAGAGACCAGCAUGUCACCAUCAUCAGAGAAAACAUCCAGCCAGGUCAGGAGUAUAAUUUCUUAAAAAUGGAAGCUGGGGAAGUGAGCUCUCUGGGAGAGACGUACGACUUUGACAGCAUCAUGCACUACGCCCGGAACACCUUCUCAAGAGGAGUUUUCUUAGACACCAUCCUCCCCCGUCGAGAUGACAAUGGCGUCAGGCCAACCAUUGGCCAGCGCGUGCGGCUCAGCCAGGGAGACAUAGCCCAAGCCAGGAAGCUGUACAAAUGCCCAGCGUGUGGGGAGACCCUGCAGGACACAACGGGAAACUUCUCUGCGCCUGGUUUUCCAAAUGGCUACCCCUCUUAUUCCCACUGCGUCUGGAGGAUAUCGGUCACUCCAGGGGAAAAGAUCGUCUUAAACUUCACAUCCAUGGAUUUGUUUAAAAGCCGUCUGUGCUGGUACGACUAUGUGGAGGUCCGGGACGGUUAUUGGAGGAAAGCCCCCCUGUUGGGUAGGUUUUGUGGUGACAAAAUCCCGGAGCCCCUCAUCUCCACAGACAGCCGGCUCUGGGUGGAAUUCCGAAGCAGCAGCAACAUCCUGGGCAAGGGUUUCUUCGCGGUGUAUGAAGCUACCUGUGGGGGAGACAUUAACAAAGACGCUGGUCAGAUUCAAUCUCCUAACUACCCGGAUGACUACAGACCUUCCAAGGAAUGUGUUUGGAAGAUUACGGUUUCGGAGGGGUUUCACGUGGGGCUUAGCUUCCAAGCUUUUGAGAUCGAAAGGCAUGACAGCUGUGCAUACGACUACCUGGAAAUCCGAGACGGCCCCACGGAAGAAAGUGCUCUGAUUGGCCACUUUUGUGGCUACGAGAAACCAGAGGAUGUGAAGUCCAGCUCCAACAGAAUGUGGAUGAAGUUUGUGUCCGAUGGCUCUAUCAAUAAAGCGGGCUUUGCAGCCAAUUUUUUCAAGGAGGUGGAUGAGUGCUCCUGGCCAGAUCACGGCGGGUGUGAACAGCGCUGUGUGAAUACCCUGGGCAGCUACAAGUGCGUGUGUGAUCCUGGCUACGAGCUGGCCACUGAUAAGAAGGCGUGUGAAGUAGCCUGUGGCGGUUUCAUUACCAAGCUGAAUGGAACCAUCACCAGUCCUGGGUGGCCGAAGGAGUACCCCACAAACAAAAAUUGCGUCUGGCAGGUGGUGGCCCCCGCACAGUACCGGAUCUCCCUGCAGUUUGAAGUCUUUGAACUGGAAGGCAACGAUGUGUGUAAGUAUGACUUCGUGGAGGUGCGCAGUGGCCUGUCCCCCGACGCCAGGCUGCAUGGCAAGUUCUGCGGCUCCGAGACGCCCGAGGUCAUCACGUCGCAGAGCAACAACAUGCGCCUGGAGUUCAAGUCCGACAACACCGUCUCCAAGCGUGGCUUCAGGGCCCACUUCUUCUCAGACAAGGACGAGUGCGCCAAGGACAACGGCGGGUGCCAGCACGAGUGUGUCAACACCUUCGGGAGCUACCUGUGCAGGUGCAGGAACGGCUACCGUCUGCAUGAGAACCAGCAGGAUUGCAAAGAGGCUGGCUGUGCACACAAGAUCAGCAGUGCAGAGGGGACCCUGGUGAGCCCCAACUGGCCUGACAAAUACCCGAGCCGGAGGGAGUGUACCUGGAACAUCUCUUCAACUGCGGGCCACAGGGUGAAACUUACGUUUAACGAGUUCGAGAUCGAGCAGCACCAGGAAUGUGCCUACGACCACCUGGAACUGUACGACGGGCCCGACAGCCUGGCCCCAGUCCUCGGCCGUUUCUGUGGCAGCAAGAAGCCAGACCCCGUGGUGGCUUCGGGCAACAGCCUGUUUCUCCGGUUUUAUUCGGACGCCUCCGUGCAGAGGAGAGGAUUCCAGGCCAUGCACAGCACGGAGUGCGGGGGCAGGCUGAAGGCCGAGGUGCAGACCAAAGAGCUCUAUUCCCAUGCCCAGUUUGGGGACAACAACUACCCGAGCCAGGCCCGCUGCGACUGGGUGAUCGUGGCGGAGGACGGCUACGGCGUGGAGCUGAUAUUCCGGACCUUUGAGGUCGAGGAGGAAGCCGACUGUGGCUACGACUAUAUGGAGGCUUACGACGGUUAUGACAGCACGGCGCCCAGGCUCGGCCGUUUCUGCGGCUCCGGGCCAUUGGAAGAAAUCUACUCUGCAGGGGAUUCUCUGAUGAUUCGAUUCCAUACGGAUGACACCAUCAACAAGAAAGGCUUUCACGCCCGGUACAUCAGCACCAAGUUCCAAGAUGCCCUGCACAUGAAGAAAUAAUAUGGCUGUUCUUGAAAGAUGGGGACGGAGACUUUAAAAAAUAAUAAUAAUAGCACCUUGUGAAUCUGCUGUAAAGCAGUGUACAGUAUUUUUCCCAAACAAAAAAAAAAAAAAACUCAAAAUCUGGUCUUGGAGGUAUAUGUAUCUGAUGAAGUUCGGCCAAAACAAGGAGAGACGUUCCUUUGAUUCUGGCUGCAGUGUUAUCAAUCAUGGAAUUUUAAAGAUUAAGAUCUGACGUCACUGACUAUUCAAGCCAUGCCGCUCAUUCUCAUUGUCCUUUGCUCCUUUGGGGCGAACACCCACUCUUGGGUGGGUCAUUCCUUUAUUUCUGGACAUGCUUCCAUGGGUAUCAGGCAGUGUGACCGUGUUCUAGAGACUCGGGCCGUCUUCUGUCUACACCAGGUAAUGAGGAUAAAAGCGUGGCAUUAGCUCAUGUGCUCCCCACAGCUUUGGCUGGAGACUUGGGCUAGCUCUCUGCCGGGGACAUGUCACCCAGGAAACCCAAGAUUAUGGGUGUCAGGAUUAAAAAAGGCAUCGCAGUAAGUAGCACCUAGAGGGGCUGGUGUAUGAGGAUCUCCGUCCCUGAGCUGGGAGACCUCCAGCCUUUCCUGUCCUUGGGCUUCCCAUGCUGGGCCUCCCCCAUCUCUAAUUACAUUAGGGGACUAAGGCAGCCACUAAGAUUUCCAGCAGAACAUCUACUGGUGAGAGUCCCCCGUCUGCUGGGGCAUGGGGGGGACCAUCCGGGCUCAUCCUGAUACUCCUGCACUUGCCAACUUGGAAAAGAUGCCACCUGGCCUUGGGAUUCCAUGGGCUGAGAACACCUGGUCCUCCAGCUUUGGAGGCACUUACUUGCUGUGGUUGACCUUGACUCUUGACGACCAAUUCAAACUGCACUUGCAAGGCGUGCAAAGACAUCUUAUGAAGGAGACCAUUCAGGUCCCAUAUGGGGUGAACUUCAUCGAAAACUUGGUUAAUGUUAUGGAAGAAGCAACCCCUGGGGGAACAAGUCCACCUGCAACAAACUUCCUGAAACCAGUCAGGUUGAAGAGCGCAUUGGUGACUUUGCUGAGACUGACUAGCAUCCCAUCACCAGCUUGCAAUCAGAGUUCACCACCCUUGGCACUUGUUCUACAGAAGGGUAGAGGAUGUUGUUUACAUAAUUUUAGAACCUCCAGGUAUACUUUAAACAGCGAGGUAGUUUUGAAUGGCAUUUCAUUAAGGCAUCUAUGGGCAUUAUGAGCUAAAAGCUGUGGUAUGUUAGCUUUAAAAGAGUAUUUAUGUUGGAAUAAUUUUUAAAUAAUGUUUACAUAACCGUUAAGUCCUGUGUGGUUGGUAUUGAACACAGGACAGCGCAUGAGAUUGUUUUCUCUGAGAGCCAAGAUAGCUCCCGAGCACCUGAAUUCCUUUGGGAUAAAUCUACAUCAUUUUAAACAAAGUAUUUGCAAAAGAUUAAAGGUUAUAUUUUUUAAAGAUCAGGAUAUGCCCCCAGAGGACUAUGUCUCAUUAAAAUGACUGCUGGGAGUUAAAAAAAAAAAAAGAUGAAAAGGAUGAAAAAUACAAAGAAAGA